AUAGACGGCCGAGAUGCGAGAGUGGAGCCCAGAGUUAUCGGACUUGCCUAGACUGUACAGUCGCCCAGAGUAGUGGGACUUUAUUUGUGAAGGCCCCCAGACUUAAGGACAGCUAGAGGAAUUUUUGUGUGAUUCGCUGUUGUGUUUGUGUGUGAUUUUGGUGAUUCCGCGGUGUGUUACCCAGGUGUGUCAAGAUCGUGUUAUGAUUGAACGUGUGCGACACUGCCACCAGGACUAUAGCGGAACGUGUUGACCUAGAUAUACAGAGAUGAAGACGUAAAUAGUGGCAAACAAAUCUUCAUGUGAAGCUUCUCACAACAGUCAGGCGCUCGUUGAGAUAGCGCGGUAGUGGCGAGAAGCAUGAAGUGACCUCACACCAGCAACCAACGGACGCCAACAGCCACCAAACACGAACAACCACCAGAUGAAGUGAACAGACAUCAGCAACCACCAGAUGAAGUGACCUCACACCAGAAGCCACCAGAUGAAGUGACCUCACACCAGCAACCACCAGAUGAAGUGACCUCACACCAGAAGCCACCAGAUGAAGUGACCUCACACCAGCAACCACCAGAUGAAGUGACCCGACCCCAGCAGCCACCGCCAUGUUCACCAAGAAGCGGCCGCCAUCUGAGCCGCCAGACAAGCUGAUCAAGGUGGUCAAACCUCAGCUAGAGGUCGACCCUGACCCCAUGACCAUGACACAGAUUCUACAGAAGUUGGCGCUACCCAGGGUGAUCCAGUGCAGCAGGGAGUACAUCCCCCUGGGCGCCAACCUAGACUUCACCCAGCCACUGCUCGCCUUCUGCAGGAACUCCGUCCGGAAGGUCGCAGCGGUCAGCGCCAUCUUUGACCAGAGCCAGAACGAGUUUACUCCCGUCGGUGACGAACUGUUGAUUCCUGAAACUUACCUGGGCUGGUUUGCUGUGCUGGGACCAGCGGCCACCGUCAAAUCUGACCCGACCGUUCCGUUCUACAGAAAUCUCUCGUACCUGGCCACCUCAAAGUGCACCUCGUUCUUGGUGGGCGGCAACAGGUCUAUUGAAGGCAUCUUGAUGGACCGACGGGACGUGACCAAACAAAAUACCCGCAUGCAGAUUCUGCCCGGGACUGUCCUGAGAAAGGGAGGCAACUACGUUUUAAACACACUGAAAGAUUUGAAGAAGAAAAAGAAGAAGAAGGAGCAGGCGCCCGAUGAAAUGUUCAUGCUGUGUUUCGACGAGUACGAUAGAGAGAUCUACGUACCUACACGCCAAGAUGGCGCCUUCUUCAUCGUCUCGCAAACAGGCAUGCCCUGCAAAUUACCUAUCUUAAAUAUCUCGCAAAUUUUGACAAGGUACAAGUUCCCCGUGAUCGUCAAGCUCCUGUACGGGCGGAUCCCCACCAUCCCCUGCGCCUUCACCGGAGCCCUCAUCUUGACAGACUCCGGCAUGAGCCACACCGUCAUCGCCUCCACCAUCUUCAACGUGCACAACAUCAAUCUGGAGAUACCCGUUGGGUCAGACAUGAUGUUUCACGUGGUGACCCACAACCCCGGGCUGCUUGGGAGCAAAGUUUACGUCAACGCCCUCAAGUCCAUUGAGAUCAACGCCCCGGCUUACAUGAGGAACAUGAAGGUGGUUGUCGGAGAUCCAAAUUUUGACAGCAAUGAAGACCAGACAUUGGUGAAAUCUGUCGAUGGCGAACUGCCGACUUCCGCUCAGUCGUCACCCAGUGGCGCGACACCUAGCGGCGAUCAAGGGAGACAAUGGCGCAAGAAUGCCAGCACUAAAUCGCGUUCGUUCAAAGAGUUGUCCACCCAACUCACCAUCACGGACAUUGAAAUCGAUGACCCCCUCCAGUCCGCUAGAGGGGGGAGACAAAAGCCCAACAAACUGCCGGACAUUGAGUCCAACAUGGCGCCCUUCAACCAGUACGAUCCGCCCAAGCAGGCGACCACAAUACCAAUCACCGUGGCGCCCCCAGCCCAGGUAAACACGCCAGUCAAGGCACCAAAACCCAACCCGUAUGAAGAGAUCGACAUUCCGACUCAGGAGAAAGUGGACAGGCGCAACCCUAGCACAGAUUACAUCGGGAUUUGGACCAGCGAUACUGAGCGGGCCACCUCCACCAUCAGCAUAGAAUACAAAUCUGGGCGGCCAUCGCCUUCUGGGUGGACAUCGCCCACCCCGUCAGAUCCGGGGUACUUGGUAUCGCCUAAAUAUAAAGAAGAUGGCGUGUUUCCUUUCACCGGCUCCGUUCGUGAGCGACCAUCUGACGACCAUCGACCAUCCAUCCCCCAGCGACAGAUCCGUGUGGAGAAGCCGUUAUUAAUGUCCCAACAAAGUUUCUCCUGCACCGACCUAUCGACCAACCCACCGCCCCCGGCGCCCCACCUCCCACAUAAACGAGCAGGGGGCAGCUUCCACCAGCUCCCCGCGCGGGAUUACGUCAACAUGGGCGGGCACGUGCUGCGGAGGGUCGAGGACACCCCAGCAGCAGACGAGCGACCGUACGAUAUUCCCAAACUCGGCGACUCGCUCGCCCGGGGCCAGCCGUACUACGAGCAGCCAAUCAUUCUUUUUUCUGAAGGGGACCAAUCAGACAGCGGCUACGUUAAAGCUGGAAAACUGACCAACCCGGAUGUUACCGCGCAGAAAACGCCACUCCGGCUGCCAGUGGAUGACGGCGGUUACGUCAAGCCCGGGAAAGCGAUUGACCCGGAUGUGACCUUCCGGAAGACGCCGUACCGGCCGGAAGCCGUGGACAGCGGCGUGUACGUCAGCGAGGAGAUGCUCAGGGACGAGAACGAGAACUUGACCGGUGCAGACGACGAGAGCUGCCACUACGAACACAUGCAGGACGAACAUCAGACGAGCCGUCAGCCCAGCCCUAGCACCUCGACCACGGACUUUUCCUUGCAGGAAUCUCCGUCAUCUGAGCUGGAGAAACUCUCGCUGCCCAGCCCCCCAUCGCCAAGUAGCACACCCCCACCACCCAAACCACAUGGCAUCCCUCUCCCCCCACCCAAGCCACACGGUACCAUACGGCCUAAACUCCCGCCCCGAAACACCGCCAUGUUAAAAACUUCUUGGGCGGGAAAACCAGCAGACGCCUCACUUUACAAACAAAAACUUUUGGAAGAGUUGCAGAGUUCAGGACUAGGUCGUGUCAAGGACGAGUUUCGCGACCUUCAGCCGGAACAACUCACUAGCCUCUCCAGCGCUGAAGAUUUGAGUUCAGAGUUGUCGUCCCUGUUCCCUCAUUUGUCCAGUGUAGAUGUUAAAAAAACUAUGAUGUGCUUUCAGAAGACCAGAGGCUUGAUAAAAUAACCAACGGUCUAGUUAUUCAAACAUUGGAUAUAUUGACACAAACAACUAUAAAUAAAGAUGUAAACGUUGGUAAAAAAAAAAAGCGCCCCCCCCCCCCCCCAUUUUGAAAGUUUUGGCGUUUUUUUUUACCAGUCACUACCGUAUUUUUGGUGUCACACAUUAGAGGUAAAAAAAAACAUUGAAAUACGUCCACAAAGCCAGUAGCAGCAGCCUGUUUUCUUAAUCUCGGUUAUGGAGAACUCAGCAAUGCAGCUCAGAAGGAGCUUUUUAUCAAAAAACAAUUUCUUUCCGUUUGGCGCUCCCCUUGAGUCAGCCGUACCACCCUCGCUACGCCUCAGGUUAAAGGAGGUUCAAAAUGUGCCCACUGAUACACACGUCAGCCCACGUGAUGUUUUGUUAGAGGCUGUUUUGUUUACAGUAGUGGUGAACCAAUUGUGAAAGGCUUUGAUGACCCCCCCCCCCCCACCAUGUCAGAUGUAUUCAUGCUGGUC